AUGUCGCUUUCCAACACGCUUAGUGCCGCCAGUACCCUAAUCGGGUAUAUUGGCACCGAAGUCGCGACCACGGAUUGUUUCAAUCGAGUCCUCUGGCCGCAGCGGUCCUACAAUAACUUCUCUCUCCGAAAUGCCUGGAUCCCCGCCCUGCUCAUGCCACUUGGGGGUCCACUUUAUACCGCCGCUCUCAAGACCGUCGAUACAUUCCUCAGGAAUGGCUUAUUCCUUAGGCCUAACCUCGGGAAUAUGCUGGGGACUGCGUUCUUCCCGGACUCCGGGAUGCACUACCACUUAUACGAAGACGGGGUCCGCAGUAGGGAAGCGCAAGUCCGGAAUGGGAUUUGGGUGCAGGUUCUGCAGGAGAUGCCGAUGAUCGCUGAGCGAAUGGAGAAAAAGGUUGAGGGUCAAGUGGAAGAUGGAAGUCAGAAAAGGGGGCACAUUCGGCAGUUGACUCCUGUCAACCAUCUAAUUCUCUCUCCGGCCAGAGCCGAGAAACCGCCUCCAAAUGUACGAAUGAGGCGCUUCUCGAUCGAUCAGGAUAUUGGGGCCGUCACGCUGCGAACCAUUGUGGCGAUUAUUACUACCGAAAUCACCGGGGUGAGCGUCGCAAUCGCCGUGGCGGUCAUAUGGCGGUCUGCCUUUAUGGUUCUUUGGCUGGUUCCCCUGGUCUUGAAGUUAAUAACUACGACACAGACGUCAGGGGAGACGCCGACGACAACAAAUUUCCUCAUCACAUCUGGGCAGGGGUUUCACAUCAUCGAAGGACCCCCUCAUAUCGUCCUGCAGUUCUUCAGACAUUACGGCCAUCCCAGGAGGAGCCAGUGGAAUGAAAGAGUCCAAAUCGCAGUUGUUUUUGCUUUCGGCCUGAACUUUCCUGUGGGCCUAGUCGUGUCAAUCAUGUGUAUGCCUACUACGCUGCAGUGUGUGUGGACAGGCUACGUGCUCUAUGCAACUUUGGCGAUAGGCAGAGCUUAUACGGACCCUGCAUAG